AUGCGUCUACAAUAUGAAUAUAGAUAUAAUGAGUUGGUAACUCUGGAUAUGUCCCUAUUUGAACAAUUCAUUCGAGAUGCACGUGCUUUUGUCCAUGAGGUUGAUUUUAAAUGUGAAUUUGUGUUCCAGAAUUACAAAAACAUGUUAAAAGUUCUUGAUUUAUCUUUGCCUAAGGCAUCAGUAGAUACAUUAUAUUUUGAUCCGGAUAACCAUCCUAUUUCUAAAAAUUUUUUAAUAGAACGGUGGAUAUAUAUUAAUACUAAUUGUCUAGAAAGUCUUGGCGAAUAUUUAAUAAUGGUAAAAGAAUCACAUUUUGCAUCAAUUUGUAGCCCCCAGAAAUUUUUCCAGAUUCGCCACAAUUUUAAUUGGAAUAUGAGUAGUUUAAUAGAAUUAUCAAAUUAUAUGCUAGAGAUUUUGAUAGCUUCCUUAGUAGUUAAUUAUUUAGAAAAUUUGUUAUUAAAGUUCCCAAUUAUUAGAACAUUUAUAAAAUUAAGUAAAUUACAUACAAAUUUUGGUUUUACGGGUUUCGCUGAUCUUAAUUUCCUAUACUGGACUAUGUUUGGUAGAUCUAGUCUGGAAUUGAGUGCUUUAGUCCCAAGAGACCCAGCUGCAAAUAAAAAAGCUAUCAUGUAUUUAAUUUAUAAUAAAUUAUUUGGAGGUUUUGAUAUACCUGAUUAUCCAAUUCUACCCUUCUUAAAGCCAGUGAUGACUAAGUUCGUGCAAUUAAUUAAUUUAUGCUGGCUAAUAAUGGCAGACUUUGAUUUGAAUGCCAUUUAUAAAAUAAAACCAUUCUUUGAUAAUAAAAGUUUUUCCGAAACAUGGGCACCUUUAGAUCAUUCGGAUUCAAUAGAAAAAGUAUUAGAAGAACUCAAGAAAGGAAAAAUUCCUGUAGUUACAGCAAAAACAGGAGCCGGAAAAAUAAAAAGCCAUACUAGUUCUGCCCCAAAGUUGUUCGCUAGAACUCGCGAUAACAUUGAUGAAAAUAAUUUGAAUGUAUGUACACAUGGUUGGUUACAAGUUACUAAUCAUUUAUUUAAAGAUAAGGACUUUUUAAUAAUUAUAGAUGAGUUUCAUGAGAUGGAUGAAGAUAGUUUAAUUUUACUAGAGAGAUACAAAGGAAAUGUCAUUUUACUUAGUGCAACACCAAUACCUAUUCCAAACUCAACAACAAUAACUGCAAUUUUUCAUUAUUUGAACGAAUAUCCUAAACUCAAAACAUUGAUAAUUAUACCAUCAUUAAGUCAAUGUAUUAGAGUACAUAACACCAUAGCUAGCUCUUUAUCUAGAAAAAUACAAGUUGUAGAUGCUAAAAAUGAUGAAAUUAAAGAUGACACUGAAAUAAUUAUAGGUACAUCUGUUUGGGAUGCAGGUCAUACUUGGUCAGGUUGCCAGUUAGUCAUUGAUUCAGGUUUAUCUAUAGGAAAAGUUAAUGGUAAGUUCAUAACAAGGGAAUUAAGCCAUGCCAUUGAAAUUCAAAGAGCAGAUAGAACAGGUCGAACAAAUGAUGAAAUUUCAUUAAACCCAAAAAUCCCAUCAUGUUAUAAUGCUUUAUUAUCAAAUCCAGAUAUAGGUAUUUAUUUAGAAAUAUUAUUUAGUUCUCAACAAUCGGAUGCAGAUAUGUUAUAUAGAUUAUUAUUAGGUGGUCAUUUUAAUCAAAAUACCUAUCAUUUUGCUAAAAAUCCUCCAACAACUCCACUUGAGGAUAUCUGGAUAGCACUUAAUAAUUAUAAAAUUAAUACAGGGCCCUUUCAACAAAAUAUGUUUAGAUUAGAUAGUAAAUUACAUAUGUUCUAUUACCAUUUUUCAAAAUCUAGUAGUUAUGCUAGGUAUGAAUAUACUAUGAGUGCAAAUAUUAAAAAUAAGUACCCACCUGCUAAAAAGGUGGCCAAUAAACCACUAUCCAAAAGGAGUGUAAGAGCUUUAUUUGCAACUUUAAAUGAUGAAAUGGACUUGCAAAUUAAAAUAAUAAAAGGUAAUGCUAUAGAAGAUAGUAUUAUCACUAAAAAAAAUAAAAAAAAAUUUAAAAAAAUUGAAAAACUUAAAAAAAAAUCCAAUGAAAGUCUAAAUAAAAGUUACACUGAAAGUUCAAAAAUGCCAAUAUGUAGACAGACUCAAAAUUUAUUAAAUAAUAUGGAUCCAUUACAUGUUAAAAAUGUAACUUUCUCAUAUGAUCUAGAUAAUUCACAUUGUAAUAGUUGUAUAACAUGUAAUCACAAUCUCACAAAUGCUAAUAUAUGUUGUCAAUGUCUACCAAAAUAUAAACCCGUAAAAAUGCCCACAAGUUGGUAUGCACUAGAUGCUUUAAAUGCAUGCCACCCUCAUAAUACUGGCUUAUUUAAAAGAUGGUUAUACUUAUCUAGGUUAGUCACUGAAAGGGAUGAUGACCUUGUAGAAAUGGAUAAAAUAAUUGCAUACCUAACUUAUAGACAUUGUAGUUAUAAUAUUAAUCACACUAACCCUGGUAAUAGUGGAGAAGUAUUUCAAAGACAAGAUGGUAUAUCACCUUUUCAAUAUAAUAUACGUAAUGAUUAUCUUCAUUGGUAUGCUACUGAUGAUAUACAUGCUGAAAUAGUAUUAGGUCUAUAUGAUAAAAGUUGUAAAAGAUGUAGACAAGAGCACGAAAAUGGUCUAGGGAUGCAGUGUGCAAAUAGGCCAGAUCAUCGAGAUACUUGUUGUCUUAGCUAUAAAAGCAACUUAGUAGCUCAUAUAAAAGAUAAUUGUAUUUUCGAGACUUGCUGUAUAAAUACAGAUACGUAG